CGAUAAAAACUCUCAAGAAGAAGAAGCGCAGCACGCUCUGAUCUCCAGCUGCAGCUCCGCAGGAUAACCUCCUCUGCCGUCCACCUCGGAGCUCCUUCUGCGCCUCCUGCUCUCCAGAAUGUCCGCUGUCAGAGUCCUGAGGAGCCGCCGGCUCCUCCGGCAGCUUCCCUCCGGCCUCCCGGCCUCCCUGCGUAGACACUACAGCUUGGACGUCCCCGCUGCGCUGCUCCGGACUCAGGGCUACUUUGGCGGCCGCUGGGUCUCUGCAGCCUCGGUGUUCCCGGUCCUGGACCCAGCCACCGGAAAGGAGCUGGCCCAGGUUUCUGACUGCGGCCCAGCAGAGGCCAAACAGGCGGUGGAUGCCGCCUAUGAGGCGUUUCAGUCCUGGAAGCAGACCACCGCCAAGGAGAGGAGCCUCCUGCUGAGGAAGUGGUUUGAUCUGCUCAACCGCCACAAAGAAGACUUGGCCAAGCUGAUCACGUUUGAAAGUGGUAAACCCAUGCGGGAGUCUCUCGGAGAGAUGGCGUACUCCGCCGCCUUCCUGGAGUGGUUUUCAGAGGAAGCUCGGAGAGUUUACGGAGACAUCGUACCGUCUCCAGUUAAAGACAGACGGAUCCUGCUGCUCAAACAGCCAGUAGGAGUGGCCAGCAUUAUUACUCCGUGGAACUUCCCGAGCGCCAUGAUCACCAGGAAGGUUGGAGCCGCUCUGGCUGCGGGCUGCACCGUGGUGGUGAAGCCGGCCGAGGACACGCCGCUGUCGGCUCUCGCUCUGGCUGAGCUGGCGGAGCAGGCGGGGAUCCCUCCAGGCGUGGUCAACGUGGUUCCUUGCUCCAGAGAGAAGACCCCGGCGGUUGGACACGUCCUCUGCACGGACUCACUGGUGUCAAAAAUCUCCUUCACUGGAUCCACGGCCACCGGGAAGGUGUUGCUGAAAAUGGCUGCCGACACAGUGAAGAGGGUUUCCAUGGAGCUCGGCGGCCAUGCUCCCUUCAUCGUGUUUGACAGCGCAGAUGUCGACAGUGCAGUGGGCGGAGCCAUGGCUUCCAAGUUCAGGAACUCCGGGCAGACCUGCGUAUGCUCCAACCGCUUCCUGGUUCAGAGCGGAAUCUACGACCGCUUUGUGGACAAGUUGGGUCGGGCAAUGGACGCCGAGCUCCGUCUGGGUCAUGGAUCAGAGCCGAACACAACACAAGGGCCGCUGAUCAACAGCCGAGCUGUGGAGAAGGUCAUCCACCAGAUAUCGGACGCUGUGUCUCAAGGAGCCAAAGUGGUGAAAGGAGGGAACCGUCUGGACGGGUCCUUCAUGGAGCCGACCCUGCUGGCUGACGUCACUACAGAGAUGUUGUGUACCAAGGAGGAGACGUUCGGACCGCUGGUUCCUGUCAUCAGGUUUGAGACGGAAGAGGAAGCUCUGGCCGUGGCUAACUCUGCACAGGUCGGGCUAGCAGGCUACUUCUACUCGCAGGAUGUGAGUCAGAUCUGGCGGGUGGCCGAGGCGCUGGAGGUGGGGAUGGUCGGGGUCAACGAGGGCCUCCUGUCCACCCCUGAGGCCUCCUUCGGCGGGGUCAAACAGUCCGGUUUGGGCCGCGAGGGUUCCAAGUACGGCAUCGACGAGUACCUGGAGGUGAAGUACAUGUGCUUCGGAGGACUCAAACCCUGAACCGGGACGGUGCCGAUCAGCCGGUACCAUAAGCGGGUCAGAGACUGUGGUUUGGACCAGCCUAACUUUGAGUGUUGGAGAUCAGAUGAUUAAAUGCUGCUAAUUAACGUGUCAAAGGAAAUUAACUGCUGGUUGAUCAGAACAGAACCUGGUUCUGUUUGGUGACAUUAACAUUUUCUAAUCUGAGACAAGGCUGUUUUUGCACUGAUUAGCUGGGAAUAAAAUUAACCUAAACCCUCCA